AUGGGUCCCCUCAUGGCCAAGUGCGAUGAACCGGACAUGGGUGAAGACCCGGGCGUGGCUGAAGUUGUCAGGCAGUUGGAUCAGGCUUGUAGGGAGGCUGGUUUUUUCUACGUGAAUAUUUCAAUUUAUAGGGGAUACCAGAGACUUCGUGAAAACAUCACAAAAGGUGUACCUGACAUGCACGAGGCCAUUGACUGUUACAGAGAAGUGAGGCAAGGGAUGUAUGGAGAUCUUGGCAAGGUCCUGGAAGGAUGUGAUCAGUGGCCAGUUAAUCCUCCAGAUUUAAAGCCAAUUAUGGAGGAAUACAUUAGCCUUUGCACUGAACUUUCAAGAAAGAUCAUGAGAGGCAUUGCAUUAGCGUUAGGCGGAUCCCCAAGUGAAUUUGAAGGUCAAAGAGCUGGAGAUCCAUUUUGGGUAUUGCGUAUACUCGGUUAUCCAGGUGCAUCAAAAGCAAAUGUCCUUGGAAAUCCUGAAAAUGACAUUGGAUGCGGAGCGCACACCGAUUAUGGUUUGUUGACUCUGUUGAAUCAGGAUGAUGACAUCACUGCUCUUCAGGUCAAGAACCUCUCUGGUGAGUGGAUCUCUGCUGUUCCUGUUCCCGGAACAUUUGUUUGCAACAUAGGCGACAUGCUUAAGAUUUGGUCCAAUGGCUUCUAUGACGCAACAGUGCAUCGCGUAAUUAAUAGUUGCCCAAGAUAUCGAGUCUGUGUAGCAUACUUUUAUGAGCCCAAUUUCGAUGUCCUGGUGGAGCCUUUAGAUGUCUGUGUGAGGAGAACCGGUGGAACCAAGAAGCUUGGAAGAGCAUGCUAUGGAGAGCAUUUAGUUAGCAAAGUCCUAACGAACUUUGUGGUGUAAAAUACAAAAUCCCAUCUAUUUCAUUGUCAGUUUAAGCUUGACAUAAAUGAUGUAUUUGGCAUUUGAUUGCUUGAUGUUGUACUCUGUGCUGAGGAUACUGAAUUUGUAAAA